AUGGCGCGCUGGAGCACCACAUCAUUUGUGGCUGUAGCACUGCUUGGAUUCUUACUGAGGACAGAGGUAGAUGCUCAAGAUUCAAUGUGGCAGAGCCUUGGACUUCAGAUGCCACAGGUCCAGGCUCCCCUACCACCUCAGGAUCCUAAAUACCCUCAGAUGCCACAAGCCAAGGCUCCCCUACCACCUCAGGAUCCUAAAUACCCUCAGAUGCCACAAGCCAAGGCUCCAUCACCACCUCAGGAUCCUCAAUACCCUCAGAUGCCACAGGUCCAAGCUCCAUCACCACCUCAUGAUCCCCAAUACUCUCAGAUGCCACAGGUCCAGGCUCCAGGACCUCAGGCUCCUAAAUACCCUCAGAUUCCACAGAUGCCACAGGCCCAAGCUUUGCAAUCUCAGGCUCCUCAAUACUCUCAGAUGCCACAGGGCCAAGCUCCACUACCUCAGGCUCCUCAAUACUCUCAAGUGCCACAGGCACCCUCUACCUACCAACACAGUGCUCCAAAGCAGCAGUCUACCCAGAUUUGUGAGGUUUCAGAGAGCCAGAAAGUGCCAUGUGGAAGUCCUGAUAUCUCUGCUGCUGCUUGUGAAGCCAUAAGCUGUUGUUUUGAUGGUCAACAGUGCCAUUUUGGGAAAGCAGUGACUGUCCAGUGUACCAAGGAUGCCCAGUUCAUCUUGGUGGUUGCCAGAGAUGCCACUCUGCCAAACAUUGAUCUUGAGUCAAUUUCACUGUUGGGUCAAGGUCAACACUGCACGCAUGUCGACUCUAAUUCUGGCUUUGCCAUCUACCAAUUUCCUGUCACCUCCUGUGAAUCUGUUGUUAUGGAGGAGCCUGGGGUCAUAAUCUAUGAGAACAGGAUGUCCUCCUCUUACGACGUUGGAGUCGGGCCUCUAGGAGCCAUAACCAGAGACAGCUACUUUGAGUACACUGGCACUUCUGUUGAAACUGUGGUUACACAAGUAUUACCAUUAGAAAAUCCUCCUCUACCAGUUGCAGCUCUGGGACCCAUCAGAGUACACCUGAGGCUGGCAAAUGGACAGUGCAAUACAAAGGGUUGUAAUGAAGUGGAUGUGGCCUACAGCUCUUACUACACAGAUGCAGACUACCCUGUGACCAAAGUUCUGAGGGACCCCGUGUAUGUGGAGGCUCAGCUCCUUGGAAAGACAGAUCCCAACCUUGUACUGACACUUGGACGCUGCUGGGCAACCACGAACACCCAUCCUCACAGUGUGCCCCAGUGGGAUAUUCUGAUAGACGGGUGUCCAUACAGGGAUGAUCGCUACUUGUCAUCUCUGGUUCCGGUUGGUCCCUCGUCUGGCCUGGACUUCCCGAGUCAUUACAGGCGUUUCAUUUUCAAAAUGUUUACAUUUGUGAACCCAGAGUCAAUGGAACCCCUGAGGGAACAGGUAUACAUUCACUGCAGCACAGCUGUGUGCUCUGCUACCUUGGGUCAUUCCUGUGACCCACCAUGCUACAGGAGAAAAAGAGACAUCCAGGCUGUUAAACAGAUGAAGGCCGAGCCAAAGAGUGUGGUUUCUGCUGGUCCUGUGAUCAUUUCCCCCUUCUGA